AUGGCCACCAGCACUCCUUGCAUCCUCCAAUUCUCCCCUUCCUAUGCAGCCACACAGGGCAAUGAGUUCAACUUCCAUGGCCUGUACCUGCACCACACGUACAAGGGACCUAACGCCAACCAGGUGGAAAUCAUAGCAAGACAACAGUUUGGCACAUUGACUGUUAACAACUGGGUUAUUCGUGAUGGGCUCUCAGGUUCCGCCAAAGUCAUUGCGCGUGCCCAGGGCCUGCAUGUCAAUGCCAGUGACUGGCAUAGCUCCUUCAGCCUAGUGUUCGAGGAUGAAGGGUUUAAGGGAUCCACACUUCAGGUGAUGGGAGUACCAGUUGAGGGAGGGGAAUGGGCUAUCGUUGGUGGAACUGGACGCUUUGCUAUGGCAACCGGUGUCAUCAAGAAAAGGGUGCACGAAAGAACUGGGGAGGGGAACAUUAUAGAGCUUACGAUCCAGGGAUUCUGCCCACUGCUCAAGUGAUCCAGGAGCAUUGUUGUUGCCACAAAGAUUGGCGCAUGGGGUGGAAACGGAGGGUCUGCUCAAGACAUCACAGAGCCACCAAAGCGCCUGGAGAGCAUCACCAUUAGCAGUGGUUCGGUUGUUGAUUCCAUUGCGUUUUCUUAUGUUGAUCAAGCUGGUCAGAAGCACACUGCAGGUCCAUGGGGCGGUCCAGGUGGAAAUCCGAAGACGAUCGAGCUCUCGGACUCUGAGUUCGUGAAAGAAGUUUCUGGAACUUUCGGCAUGUAUGCCAAAGUAGUCAAUGUCAUAAACUCAAUUAAGCUAGUCACCAACGUGAAGACGUACGGUCCUUUCGGUCAGGAGAACGGGUCAUCAUUCAGUGUCCCCGUGCAGGGCAACAGUGGUGUCGCCGGCUUCUUCGGGCGUAGCGGCAAGUUCCUGGAUGCUAUUGGUGUCUAUGUGCAUCCGCUCUGA